AUGACUAUCUAUAAGAUAAAAAAUUUAAGAUUUUACCCAAAAACCCUUUUGUAUUUUUACUUCGGUAAAAUAUUGUCUAGAAAUUACCAUGUUACAAUAGUUGGAGGAGGAAAUGAAGUAGGACAAAGCGUUGCUUUGUCGCUUCGAACUCAACCAUUAAUUAGUAAAUUAAUUGUUCAUGAUACAGUUAAACAUUUACCAGGAAUUGUAUUAGAUUUGUCUCAUAUACCUUCAAACUCUGCAAUCGAAGGUUAUGUUGGGAACGAUACUCUAGAAAGCGCGAUACAGAAUUCUGAUCUUAUUAUUGCAACUGGUGUCACAGAAAACCCCGGAUUGUCUGCAAAGGCCGCAUUCAAUUUGAAUAUUGAUUUUAUUAAGACAUUAGCAACAUGUGCUGCAAAAGUGACCCCUGUACCUUUAAUUGGAAUUGUAACUGAACCAAUAAAUAUUCUGGUUCCUAUGGCAGCUGAAGUGAUGAGAAACAACGGCGAAUAUGACCCAAGAAAACUAUUUGGAAUCACAGGCGCUGAUUUCUUAAAAGCAAAAGCUUUGUAUGCAACUGAAAAUAAUUUGAAACCAGAAAAUUGCACCGUACCUGUUAUAGGUGGUCAUUCAAAGGAAACAGUUAUUCCUUUAUUAUCUCAAGUAAAGCCCUCGUGUAAUUGGGAUCAAAAGAAAAUGGAAGAAUUUACAGUUAAAUUUCGUUCUCGUGAAGAACUUACUAGGAAUGUAAUGAAAGGUUGGUCGCCAAUAUUAUCUACUGUCUACAGUGUCUCGACGUUUGUUCAAGGAAUAUGUGAUGCUUUACAGAGUCGGCCAACCAUAUUACAUGCAUAUGUUGAAAAUAAUGAUUUUGGUACAUCCUAUUUCGCGGGUUUAUUAAAUGUGGAUCAAAACGGCGCUGGCGAAAUGCAAAGAUACUCUAAUUUAUCACAAUUUGAAUGUGAUUUGUUAGAACGUUGUAUUGAGCAAUUAAGAAAAGAUGUUGUUAAAGGUAAAAAAAUUUUGGAGUAUGCAUAA